GAAAGAAAAAGCAAUGGCGUGUGUUGAUUUUCACUCACGGGUCGUCCGAGACCAAGAAGACUCUUCUUCUUCUUCUCAAUUUCCCAUCAAAAGGGUCACACGUUAUUCGUAUCCCUCUUUUAAAAAAAAAAAACCACAGUACAAACAAAACACAAGUUUCAACACGUUGUAAUCUUUUCCUCCAAUUCCUCUUGUUUCCGUUCGCCCUUCUAUUCCCACGUUACGUAUAGUCGUAUAUAUAUAGCUCUCUCUGUUUUGAUCUCACUCCUCAGAUUACUUCAAUUUUAAUAUCUUGGUUGAGAGAAAGAAAGAGAUAUGUCGACGGAGGCAUACUUGGGUGAUGGCAGCAACAGAGGAGUAAGUAUCAAUGGUAGUCGUUAUGUUCAGUAUAAUGUCUAUGGCAAUCUCUUCGAAGUUUCAAAAAAGUAUGUUCCUCCUCUUCGUCCUAUCGGCAGAGGCGCUUCUGGCAUCGUCUGUGCUGCAUGGAACUCGGAGACGGGUGAGGAAGUAGCGAUCAAGAAGAUUGGUAAUGCAUUUGGCAACAUCAUUGACGCUAAGAGAACUUUGAGAGAGAUCAAGCUUCUUAAGCAUAUGGAUCAUGACAAUGUCAUUGCCAUUAAAGACAUAAUACGACCUCCCCAGCGAGACAACUUCAAUGAUGUUCACAUUGUCUUUGAGUUAAUGGACACUGAUCUUCAGCACAUUAUACGCUCUAACCAACCGUUAACCGAUGAUCAUUCACGGUUCUUCCUGUAUCAGUUGUUGCGAGGGCUCAAGUAUGUGCAUUCAGCCAAUGUAUUGCAUCGUGAUUUAAAACCGAGUAACUUGCUGCUGAAUGCAAAUUGUGACCUCAAGAUUGGGGAUUUUGGGCUCGCGAGGACUAAUUCAGAGACAAACUUCAUGACAGAAUAUGUUGUUACACGUUGGUACCGAGCUCCAGAGUUGCUCCUCAAUUGCUCAGAGUACUCUGCAGCUAUCGAUAUCUGGUCUGUUGGUUGUAUACUCGGUGAAACUAUGACCAGGGAGCCGCUAUUUCCGGGCAGCGAUUAUAUUCAGCAGCUUAGACUCAUCACUGAGCUUAUAGGUUCACCAGAUGAUUCAAGCCUAGGAUUCUUAAGAAGCGACAACGCGAGAAGAUACGUAAGACAGCUUCCACAGUAUCCAAGACAUAACUUUGCCGCUAGAUUCCCAAACAUGUCGGUUAAUGCAGUUGAUUUGCUGCAGAAAAUGCUCGUUUUUGACCCGAGCAAACGCAUUACAGUUGACGAAGCUCUUUGCCAUCCAUACUUAGCGCCGUUUCAUGAAAUGAACGAGGAACCUGUAUGUGUGAGACCGUUCCGUUUCGAUUUCGAGCAACCUUCGUUGACGGAAGAGAAUAUCAAGGAGCUUAUAUAUCGUGAAUCAGUCAAGUUUAACCCUCAGGAUCCUUAAUCUGAGACGUGAUAGAGAAUCUUGACCAAGAAACUCGACUUGUUUUACUUUCUCUGUAUGUUCAUCCAUAUUGUAAAGUGUGCUGUAUCAUAGAAGACUCGAACAUAAGAAUA